AUGUGUCGGUUCCUCGGUGGUGCCUUCUCGGCAUGGCUUCUUGGGUGGUUCGUUUGGGCCCUCUUUGGUCGGCUUAUUUGCGUGGGCUGUUUUGGUCUUUGCGUGGUCGGUUCGGCUGCGAUGCUUCUGGUGUUUUGUCUGGCGGCUUCCGCCUUCGUCAGGCGAUGGGGUGCAGUGGAGGGUACCCGGAGUAAGAAAAACAAAUCGUGGUUGCUCCAUUGGUUCACACUGGCUCAAAAGACACCCCGUGGUACUCCUGCGUCGACAAUACCACAGAGCAUCGUUCCACAAGCAUUACCACCUCACCGACCCCACAGCACGGUUCUCAGUCGUCCUCUGGAAUGUGUUUACGCCUAA